GGAGCGCCCCGGUGGCCUCGGGAGGCCCUGGCAACUCGUGGAGGACUGACAGGUCCAGAUCGUCACUGGAAGGCAUUCCCUCCCUCGUGGCGGAACUGACGGGAUAAGUUGAGGGCUUGUUUAUGACGAGCGCCUCCUGUGAUCCGAGGCCAGAGCUGGGCUUGCGCCGGGGCGGGCUCCCUCAUUGUUUGGGCUCCGGCGGGGGAGGCAAUAGUUAUCCCCCCCGACCACCCCCAAGGCUCUCGGGUACCCUCCCCGUGGCCCCUUGCCCUCCACCCGCCCCCCGUGCCUCCUCUGGCGCUCUCCCCCCAGCAGAGGGAUGUGGCGGGAACCCGGGGCCCCUGGGGAAUGUUCAGGGCGCGCUGCCCCGGGGCGCGAGGUCCUGCUACUGCGCGCGGACUCAUGGAAACAAUGAAAGGUGUUGUUGCCGUGUCUGGCAGUGAGACAGAGGAUGAUGACAGCAUGGACAGCCCCCUGGACCUCUCCUCGUCUGCCGGCAGUUCAGGCAAGAGAAGGCGAAGGGGCAACCUGCCCAAGGAAUCCGUUCAGAUCCUCCGCGAUUGGCUGUAUGAACACCGAUACAAUGCCUACCCCUCGGAGCAAGAAAAAGCAUUACUGUCCCAGCAGACACACCUCUCUACACUACAGGUCUGUAACUGGUUCAUCAAUGCCCGACGCAGGCUCCUCCCGGACAUGCUGAGAAAGGAUGGCAAAGAUCCAAAUCAGUUCACAAUUUCCCGACGUGGGGCCAAGAUUUCUGAAGCCGGGUCUGUAGAGUCGGCAAUGGGCAUCAAAAACUUCAUGCCGGCUUUAGAGGAGAGCCCAUUUCAUUCCUGUACAGCUGGACCCAACCCAGCCCUUGGGAGGCCACUGUCUCCUAAGCCAUCCUCCCCAGGAUCAGUUUUGGCUCGUCCGUCAGUGAUCUGUCAUACCACUGUGACUGCAUUGAAAGAUGUGCCUUUCUCUCUCUGCCAGCCAGUUGGUGUGGGACAGAACACAGAUAUACAGCAGAUAGCAACCAGCAGCUUUACAGACACCUCCCUCAUGUACCCAGAGGACACAUGUAAAUCUGGACCGAGUGCAAAUACACAGAGUGGUCUCUUCAACACUCCCCCCCCUACUCCACCGGACCUCAACCAAGAUUUUAGUGGAUUUCAGCUUCUGGUAGAUGUUGCACUCAAACGGGCUGCAGAGAUGGAGCUUCAGGCAAAACUGACGGCUUAACCCCUUUUUCAAGCAAAACCUCAAAAAGGUUAUGAUUGCCGGGGUGAUGGCAAGAGAUAGAUUGCAUUAUUUUAUAUUUUUUUAUUAAUAUUUGCACAUGGGUUGCUAAAGUGAAGCUUCCUGUUACUGAGAUGUCUUCAAUGGAAUCCAGUCAUUCCAAGAACUAUAAACUCAAAGCUACUGUAGAAACAAAGGGUUUUCUUUUUUAAAAUGUUUCUUGGUAGAUUAUUCAUAAUGUGAGAUGGUUCCCAAGAUCAUGUGAUUUUUUUUUUUUUCCCCUUCCCCUCCCCUUUUUUUGUUGGUGUUUUUUCCAGACUGUGCAAUAAUUAGAGAACCUAUAGCAUCUUCUCAUUCCCACGUGGAACAGGAUGCCCACAUACUGUCUAAUUAAUAAAUUUCCAAUUUUUUUCAAACAAGUAUGAAUCUAGUUGAUUGAUGCAUUUUUUUUUCAUGACAUAAUAAAGUAUUUUCUUUAAAAA